AUGCCAAUCUUUCAAUAUAUGGACCCCGAACGGUCCAGUGACUCAUGGUCUGAUGACCGUUGUUCAGGUCAACAGACUCAAAAUCGAACCAUAGCUCCUUGGGAGGACUCUCAUAAUACUUCCCCUGGGUUGCGCCCCUCCUCCAGGGACCAGUAUAGUAACCCCGAAGGUCCCUCGCCGUUCGAUGUAUAUGACGCAAACGACCGCGGGAAAUCAAUAGAGCGGUUCACAAAUGUCGACCGUUUGAAAUGGAUUUACCAUCGUUCCGUAUGUCUAGCGUGUGCCAGUCACGAAGCUCCCCCUUAUAUUCCACAAAAAUACUCCGCUAUGAGGGAUCAACUAAUAGAGUCAAAUGAUGCGAGUAAUCAGCUCCCUUCAGACGACCAACAGCUGGCGUCUCCUGCCGAUAUUGAGCGCCCUCGUUCGGCACUACACUCUGGGGAUUUCCGAGAAGGAAGCUCACAGAAUCACAUCCGACAACAAUCACAAGACCCAGCAUCGCCUAAUUUUUCUCACGACGUACACUACUCUCCUCUCAGCUCUUCUCCAACUACCCCCUGGUUCAGCACAGCCGUGUUCCCCGCAGCGUCUGAACGACCAAUCCCGUCACAUCCUCCAACAAACCCGGCAGCACGCUCUCGUGCCCCCUCCUUGGGAUCGUUCUCAUCAAGUUAUAUCCUCAAAGCGCCCACGAGUCCACUUGUGCACCAAGCCAACAUUACAGAUCUGGACUUUUCACCACGACUGGAACAUGCUGGUUAUAUUGGCUCCUCUGAGAAAGCCAGCCGCCGGCGGACCCUUCCUCCAGAGACUUUUCGAGACAUGCAGAUUCCUGAUUUUACGCAUAGACAAGGGACGCAGCUUCAUUCGGACUUAUCGACGAGGGAAUGGAACAAAGCCUUGGCCCAUCAAUCCCAACCACCAAGACGGUCUUUGAACUCGGGUUAUACCCUCCAGCUCGCUUCGUCGGUUCAGACAGCGCAUUCCAAAUUUAGGCGACCCUCUAUUGGCGCUGAGGUCUCGUCUAGAGCAUUGGCGCCCAUGGUGGGCUCAUACGAGGAGUCCAUCCUUCGAGGAAGGAUGUCGACGAACCCCUCCAAACCGUUGGACUUCACUGCACAAAUCGGGGUUCUGGGUAAAGGCAAAUGUAAAGGCAGCCUUAAGUGUCCGCCCCAUGUCACGAUUCCAUUCCCUGCCGUAUUUUACAGCUAUCCCACCUCUGGUUGUGGGCGUUCAAUAUCGGACGAUAGCCCCAGUCCGUACGUGGGCAUGAUUGACCUUGAUAGUUCCCUUCCCAAGGACACGUCGAGCGACAGUCGACGCCGGAAACACCGUCAUCAAAGCCCUGGGAGCAUGCAUAAUGACCAGCACAUUCGAUCUCCACUUGACACAAGGUCGAAUGAUCAAGAGCUUGUACGUAUCUUGGAGAAAAAGCAUAGAAGGGCGGAGUCCCCCAAGUCGCCGCCGGGCGGUUGUUAUCGGAUCCCGCAGCAAGGUCAAUUACAGGUUAUGAUCAAGAAUCCGAACAAAACUGCCGUCAAGCUAUUCCUUGUUCCCUACGACCUUACUGACAUGGAGCCCGGAACUAAGACGUUCAUUCGCCAACGGAGCUAUUCCGCAGGCCCUAUAAUCGAUAUGCCCCUGAGUGCGCGAAAAAACUAUGGGACUGAUCGUCCCGAGGCAUCCUUGAACGCCUCAGAAGACCCAAAGGACAAGCCAAUUCUACGUUACCUAAUUCAUUUGAACAUAUGCUGCCCUUCGAAAGGUCGUUUCUACCUGCAUUCAAGCAUCCGCGUCGUCUUCGCCAACCGAGUCCCCGACGGUAAGGAAAAGCUACGGAAUGAAAUCCAACUUCCUUACCCCCGCUAUUCACCCUACAAGGCUUCGCGAGAAGCUCAUUCUGUGCACCCGAGCUCUGUGGGCGAGAAGCGGUCGCGAAAGCCAACGCCCGGCCAUCUUUCCAAACCUGACCUUCACGGCUCUGCCGAGACGUCUCACCCAGGCUACCCGUCCCAUUUCCAAUGCGAUCCGUUCGCGCGACAUAUUCCGACUCACGAAGUGUCCACUCUUCCAAGUGACGAGAACCUGGCUGCGCGCGAGUCGUCGCCACGUCCUUUAGCGGCCCGCCUACCUACGAGAAGGCACGUCAGUCCAUCUUACGCAGACGCGGAGCUGCGCAACACUAAAGCUGGGCCUUAUAGCAAGCUUCAUAGGGGCGAGAACGGCUACGGCGGUUAUUCGCCCGGUGGAACUGAAGCCGGUGACAGUCUCCUUGCACAGCGACUAAGGAGGCUGGAUGUACAAAGACAUAAACACCUCCAUCCCCACUGA